CAUGUGAGCCCCCAGAAACACUGGGUGAGAUAUUGUGCAUUUCCCCUCACCCUGCCCAGCCCUGUGCUUAGCUUGGCUGAUUCUUCCCCUGUGUCGCUUUACUUUGCCCCACUGUCCCCAGACCCCCUUUUUUAAUGCUGCCUCACAGGCAGCUCCAAAUUCCCCAACAUAUGUAGGCUUUCAAUUCAUGCUUAAUUUUCCAUUUUCUACUUUUUAAAACCUUGGACAAGUUCCACCUGUGGAUGUUAUGGGUAAGAAGACAAGGCUGUGACGGUCCAAGUGACAAUGGAAUAAUUUACCACCUGGGACACUUUUUUUUUUCCUGAGAAAGUGGAUUCAAACUGGAUUUACUGGAGCCGUCACCAGUUAAUUCUUCAUGAGGAGGCUUUGUCUCCAAUUUAAAGUAUCCUACCUGAGAUAGUCUACACGUCACAAUGGCUGAAGUAGCCAAAUCAGCCUCCCACGCUGCAGCCACUGGGUCCAGUGACGGAGCAGCAGCGCCACAGACGAGCUCUCUCAGAUCCAAAGGUCUGGGGCUGCUCAACAAGGUGAAAAUGUCUGUUGAGCUGCUGAUUGCCCUUGCUGCUCUCCUGUCCUGGCUGGUUGUAGGUGUGGUGAUGUUUGACUUUGUUGAGUACAAAGCAGUCCCCGACAUCCAGCAGAUCAUAACGGACCCUGUCCAGGCCGUGAACGACGCCACUGAUGAGUUAUCCAGUCUGCUCAAUAAGUUUCAAGAAUGCGCACCGGAUUUAAGUGACCCCAUGUCAGCUGCCAGAUACGCAGCCGAGGAAAUAUCAGAAGCAAAAGAUGGGUUUGUUCGAUAUUUGUCAGAUGAAGAAGGGAACUUCUACCUCAGCUACAUUGACCCUGUGGUCAUUGGUAGACAAGCUUUCCAUUCAACGAAUGACUUCAUAGGUGGAGCACUGGGUUCCUUCAGGGACACACUGUGUGCUGUUGUGGAUACAUCACUGGAAACCAUAGAAGAUAUUAAAAAAGGAAAAACUGAUCUUGGCUAUAUUGACCCUGUAAUGAUAGGCAGAGGUGUCUUUAAUGCUACUAAUGAGUUCAUGUGUGGAGUGGCGAGCUACAUCCAGGAUGUGCUCUGUUCCAUACUGGACACUACACUGAAUGUAGUGAAAGGAACCGUCGACAUUAGCUUCAUGGACCCUGUGGUAAUAGGAAGAAAUAUAUUCCACGUCACAAAUGACACAGUGAGUGGAAUAUUUGGCUACAUCCAGGACGUGCUCUGUGCCAUCGUAGACAUGAUACUGGAUGUAUUCAAAGGAACCACUGACAUUAGCUUCAUUGACCCCGUAGUUAUUGGCAGAAAUGCCUUCAGUGUUACUAAUGACUUUGUGAGUGGACUAUUUGGCUACAUCCAGGGCGUGCUCUGCGCAGUCUUGGAUGUCAUACUGGACACGCUAAAAGAUAUCCAGCAUACCUUGGGAUUUAGCCCCGUGUCAGUUUUUAAGUCAGCAGUAGAAAUCACCAAAGAGCAGACAAACCUGCUUGCGAGCUACAUCUCCUCAACACUGAUUGGUGAACAAGGAAUCAUGCCUGAAGUGUCCAUUGACCCAAUGAAAGUUGUUGAAGAUGCUGUGUCAGAGCUCACAGACAAGAAGGAUUUGCUCUUAGCUUACAUGUCAAGCAUGAUUGUUGGUGAUCAGGGGGAACCUGUCACCACCCCAGGUGUAAAUGUAGUAACAGAAAAAGAUGAAGCUGUACCUUCCCCAUCUGAUAUCAAUUUAGUAAGAAGGAAAGGGAAAUUUCUGCCUCCAUUUGAAAAAGUUACAGAGAUCAUGCGUGCUGCCAAAGAUGAAGCUGCUCCUGCUGCAGAGAUAAAAGAAGACUCCGAGAUGGCACCCACUGAAGCAGAUGUGACAGAGGAAGAUGAUGCAAGACACACUGAAGAACCAGAACUGAGACCAUCACUGAAGGAGGAGGAAAAGCUUGAUGAUGACACCAAGGAGGAGGAAGAGGAAAUUGGAGAGGGUGAUGAUGACGAAGUUCAAAUAAAGGAUAAUGCAGAACAAUUAAUAAAAGAAAAAGAGAAUAAAGAGGUGAUAGAAGGAGGAGGUGAUGGUAGAGGUGAAGACCAAGAAAAGAGAGACACAAAGACAGAUGAAUUUGCGAUAAUUGUAAAUGAUGAAGUGAUACAGCACAAAGGGGUGGUAGAAGAUGAAGAGGUGCAGGAGACAAAAACCAAAGACAUUUUGGUAGAAGAUGAUGAGGAGAGCAAAACUGAAGAAACUAUUGUGGAUAAACAUGAGAAAACAAAAACUGAAGACAUUUUUGACCAGGCCAGAACUGACGAUGCUUCAGUAGAACAUGAGGAGGUAGAAGAAGAGGCCAAAACUGAAGAUGAUUUGGCAAAACAUGAGGAGGAAGAAGAAGCCAAAACUGAAGAUUAUUUGGUAGACCAUGAGGAGGAAGAAGAGGAAGCCAAAACUGAGGAUUAUUUAAUAGAGCAUGAGGAAGAAGAGGAAGCCAAAACUGAAGAUUAUUUGGUAGAACAUGAGGAGGAAGAAGAGGAAGAAGCCAAAACUGGAGAUUAUUUAAUAGAGCAGGAGGAGGAAGAAGAGGCCAAAACUGAGGAUGAUUUGGUAGAACAUGAGGAGGAAGAAGAAGAAGCCAAAACUGGAGAUGAUUUGGCAGAACAUGAGGAAGAGGAAGAAGAACCCAAAACUGAAGAUGAUUUGGUAGAACAUGAGGAGGAGGAAGAAGAAGAAGCCAAAACUGGAGAUUAUUUAAUAGAGCAUGAGGAGGAGGAAGAAGAAGCCAAAACUGAAGAUGAUUUGGUAGAACAUGAGGAGGAAGAAGAAGAAGCCAAAACUGGAGAUGAUUUGGUAGAACAUGAGGAGGAAGAAGAAGAAGCCAAAACUGGAGAUUAUUUAAUAGAGCAUGAGGAGGAGGAAGAAGAAGCCAAAACUGAAGAUGAUUUGGUAGAACAUGAGGAGGAAGAAGAAGAAGCCAAAACUGGAGAUUAUUUAAUAGAGCAUGAGGAGGAGGAAGAAGAAGCCAAAACUGAAGAUGAUUUGGUAGAACAUGAGGAGGAAGAAGAAGAAGCCAAAACUGGAGAUUAUUUAAUAGAGCAUGAGGAGGAGGAAGAAGAAGCCAAAACUGAAGAUGAUUUGGUAGAACAUGAGGAAGAGGAAGAAGCCAAAACUGAAGAUGAUUUGGUAGAACAUGAGGAAGAGGAAGAACCCAAAACUGAAGAUGAUUUGGUAGAACAUGAGGAGGAGGAAGAAGAAGAAGCCAAAACUGGAGAUUAUUUAAUAGAGCAUGAGGAGGAGGAAGAAGAAGCCAAAACUGAAGAUGAUUUGGUAGAACAUGAGGAGGAAGAAGAAGAAGCCAAAACUGGAGAUUAUUUAAUAGAGCAUGAGGAGGAGGAAGAAGAAGCCAAAACUGAAGAUGAUUUGGUAGAACAUGAGGAAGAGGAAGAAGCCAAAACUGAAGAUUAUUUGGUAGAAUAUGAGGAAGAGGAAGAAGCCAAAACUGAGGAUGAUUUGGUAGAACAUGAGGAAGAGGAAGAAGCCAAAACUGAAGAUUAUUUGGUAGAAUAUGAGGAAGAAGAAGAAGAAGCCAAAACUGAGGAUGAUUUGGUAGAACAUGAGGAAGAGGAAUCCAAGACUCGUGAUAUUUUGGCAGGAUAUGAAGAGGAAGAUAGUGAGCUUCCCAGUAUUUUGGUAGAAGCUGAGACGGAGGCAGAGGAAAUUAAAACUGAAUACAUUUUUGAAGAUCAAGAAGAGACUAAAAUCAGAGACGAGGAGGAGGAGGAAGAGGAGGAGAAAAAUGAAAACGUAGUAGAAUAUGAGGAUAGUGGGGAGAAGGGGCCAGAAGAACCUAUUGUAGUAGAACAGGAAGAGACCAACACUGAAGAGCCAUCAAUGACACACCUUAAAAUACUGUUAUCUGAGAAAAUCAGUAAUGACAGCGCUGUACCUGAAUCUGCUGAUGGUGAGGAGGAAGAGAAAGAAACUUUUUUUCCUGUUUACGAGGAGGAUAAAUACUCCAACAUCCUUGAUGAUCAUGAUGAAAAUAACAACAACAGCGAAAGCAGAAAGACUGAACCUAAACGAAAGAGGAAGGCCGAUGUUACCCUUGAGAGAUUUGGAGGACUCAAAUUGUCUCACAAAGCAGAAGGCCACAACAAAUAUGAAAAAGUUCUGAAAGAAGCAAAGGAAAGACAUGCAAUAGAAGAAGUUAAAGAUGGCAUUAUUAAAGAUCUCAAAGCUGCAGCCCCUGUGAUGGAGAAGAAAAAAGAUAAGGAAGCCAAAGAGUUUGAAACAGUAGCAAUAAAACCAAAAGAAGUAAAACUAAAGGAGAAGCCCGAAGUUGACACAAAACCUCUUAAACUGAAAGAAAAGAAGCCCAAAGAAGAAGAGCCAGUAAAGAAGCUGCUCAGAAAAGAUGUAAAAGAACUGCCCAAAGAAAAGAAAAAAGAUGUCAAACCUAAAGAUGAGAGGGAAGUGAAAGAACCUCCCAAAGGAAAGGACGAGGCGAAAAAACCAAUUCACGCAGAGGUCAAAGCAACAAAACCACCUAAGAAGGAAACAGAUCUCAAGAAGAUUUCAAAAGAAAGGAAGAGGGUAAUGAAACCAGCGACAGAAGAGGAACAAGUCAAAAAACCUCCAAAAGAAGAAAAGGAAAUCAAGAAAACACCUAAAAAAGAGAAAGAAUUAAUUAAAGCUACCAGAGAAGUUAAAGAGGAAAAGGAACCAAUAAGACAAAUAAAGGAACUCAAGAAAUCACCCAAAGAAGAUAAAAAGAUCAGAAUACUAGAAAAAAUAGAGACAGAAGUAACCCAACAUCCUAAAGAUGAGAAGAAACCACCUACAGUAAAGACAGAACUUAAGAAACUUCCUGAACAAGACAAAGACUUGAAGAAAUCUCCCAAAGAAGAGAAGGAGAGAAAACGUCUUAAAGAAGAGGAAAAAUCUCCCAAACAAGAGAAAAAAGUUAAGAAACCUGUCAAAGAAGAGAAGAAAGAGGAGAAACCUCUUAAAGAAGAGAAACCUGAGAAGGAACAUCUCAGAAAAGAGAAGGACAAGAAGAAACCUCUCAAAAAAGAGAAGGAAGAGAAGAAACCUCUUAAAGAAGAAAAGGAAGAGAAGAAACCUCUCAAAAGGGAGAAGGAAGAGAAGAAACCUCUUAAGGAAGAGAAACCUGAGAAGGAACAUCUCAGAAAAGAGAAGGAAGAGAAGAAACCUCUUAAGGAAGAAAAAGAAGAGAAGACCAAAAAAGAGAAGGAAGAGAAGAAACCUCUUAAGGAAGAGAAACAUGAGAAGGAACAUCUCAGAAAAGAGAAGGAAAAGAAGAAACCUCUUAAGGAAGAAAAGGAAGAGAAGAAACCUCUUAAGGAAGAGAAACCUGAGAAGGAACAUCUCAGAAAAGAGAAGGAAGAGAAGAAACCUCUUAAAGAAGAAAAGGAAGAUAAGAAACCUCUUAAGGAAGAGAAACAUGAGAAGGAACAUCUCAGAAAGGAGAAGGAAGAGAAGAAACCUCUUGAAGGAGAAAAGGAAGAUAAGAAACAUCUUAAGGAAGAGAAACAUGAGAAGGAACAUCUCAGAAAAGAGAAGGAAGAGAAGAAACCUCUUAAAGAAGAAAAGGAAGACAAGAAACCUCUCAAAAGGGAGAAGGAAGAGAAGAAACCUCUUAAAGAAGAGAAACCUGAGAAGGAACAUCUCAGAAAAGAGAAAGAAGAGAAGAAACAUCUUAAGGAAGAAAAGGACGAGACGAAACCUCUCAAAAAAGAGAAGAAAGAGGACAAACCUCUCAGAAAAGAGGAGAAACCUCUCAAAGAAGAAAAGGAAGAGAAGAAACCUCUUAAGGAAGAGAAACCUGAGAAGGAACAUCUCAGAAAAGAGAAGGAAGAGGAGAAACCUCUUAAGGAAGAGAAACCUGAGAAGAAACCUAUCAGAAAAGAGAAGGAAGAGAAGGAGAAGAAACCUCUUAAGGAAGAAAAGGAAGAGAAGAAACCUCUUAAAGAAGAGAAACUUGAGAAGGAACAUCUUAAAAAAGAGAAGGAAGAGAAGAAGCCUCUUAAGGAAGAAAAGGAAGAGAAGAAGGAAGAGAAGAAACCUCUUAAGGAAGAAAGGGAAGAGAAGAAACCUCUUAAAGAAGAGAAACCUGAGAAGGAACAUCUUAAAAAAGAGAAGGAAGAGAAGAAACCUCUUAAGGAAGAAAAUGAAGAGAAGAAACCUCUCAGGAAAGAGAAGAAAGAGAAGAAACAUCUUAAAGAAGAAAAGGACGAGACGAAACCUCUCAAAAGGGAGAAGGAAGAGAAGAAACCUCUUAAGGAAGAGAAACCUGAGAAGAAACCUCUCAGAAAAGAGAAGGAAGAGAAGAAACCUCUUAAAGAAGAGAAACCUGAGAAGGAACAUCUUAAAAAAGAGAAGGAAGAGAAGAAACCUCUUAAGGAAGAAAAGGAAGAGAAGAAACCUCUCAGAAAAGAGAAGGAAGAGAAGAAACAUCUUAAAGAAGAAAAGGAUGAGACGAAACCACUCAAAAGGGAGAAGGAAGAGAAGAAACCUCUUAAGGAAGAGAAACCUGAGAAGAAACCUCUCAGAAAAGAGAAGGAAGAGAAGAAACCUCUUAAAGAAGAGAAACCUGAGAAGGAACAUCUUAAAAAAGAGAAGGAAGAGAAGAAACCUCUUAAGGAAGAAAAGGAAGAGAAGAAACCUCUUAAAGAAGAAAAGGACGAGACGAAACCUCUCAAAAGGGAGAAGGAAGAGAAGAAACCUCUUAAGGAAGAGAAACCUGAGAAGAAACCUCUCAGAAAAGAGAAGGAAGAGAAGAAACCUCUUAAAGAAGAGAAACCUGAGAAGAAACCUCUCAGAAAAGAGAAG